AAAAGAGAGAUUAACGUUACCCACUUACCCUAAUUGGCUCGGUCACACCUUUCUCUCACUCUCACUCUCACUCUCACUCUCUCAGUGUUCUGACCUCUGUCGUCUGCCGUUCGUCGCCGUUCUCCGCCGGUCGCCUGCGUUCUCCUUCAUCUGCUCGGCUUCGCGCACAGCCGCACGUCGCUCUCUACUCUCUGCUUUGCUUCUCCUUACUUUCGCAGUCUCGCUCUCUGUUCUGCUUUGAUGCACGUCGAAUCUCUGCCGUUCGCCGCGCUGCUGUCGUUCGUUCGUGCACAUCGGCACACGUCCGGACGUCCCUGCACGACUGCGCAGCUUCCCUGCCUGCACAACUGCGCUGCUUCUCUGCUCCAUUCAGAUCUACAUUAAGAAAAAUUGGACAGCUGUAGACAUAUACUCACCAUUGAGAAAAGAUGUCAGGUGGGUUAAGCUGGAGUCACCAUGCCGUAAUUCAAGCUUUGUUGUCACGAGGUCCACUCAAAGAGAACGAUUUGCACUCAAUGUUCAAGGAACUCAGCACUGAUCGGAAGCUAUUUGAUGAGUUUAUUCUGAAGAUAAACAGGGAACUUACUUAUGUUAAUUUUGAGUUGCGUGCCUGCAUAGAUCAAUAUGAUGGCCAAAUCUAUUAUGGCGUGGUCAAUACAGUCUCUGACGAACAAUCAAAGCUUGGAACGAAGUAUACAAUUCCUGAAAUUGCUUUUUAUAAGGCUCUUAUUGAAGUGAUAGCACAAGAUGCCAUGGCAAGUGGUGUUGUAUCUAGCAUUGAUGCUCUGAAUCUUCGUUUGGACAGUCAGGUUUCGAUUGCGAUAGAUCCACAAUCCCAAGGAAGCCAAUCCAAUAUCCCUCAUCCAUUGAAAACUUUCACAAAAAUUCAGAAGGAAAAGACACUAGAUGACCUUGUGAGGGAUAGGUGGCUUCAUGUGACCGAAGAUGGUCAUAUCAAACUUGGAGUGAAGUCAUUUCUUGAUCUUCGCAGUUGGUUUCGGAAUAAUGACAUUCCAUCAUGUCAAGUUUGCAACGAAGCUGGUGUAAAGGCCGAGUUAUGCCGAAACGAAAAUUGUACAGUAAGAAUUCAUCACUACUGCCUCAAGCAACUUUUUUCCCGAAGAAAGGUGGAAAAAGUUUGCCCAAGUUGUGGUACCUCAUGGCCAUAUACAGUACCCAAGACAGAAGCUGUGGCAACUGAAGAUGAGAAUAAACCUCGAGGAAUCCAACAAGCUACUGGUUCUAGAAGAACCAGGCAAGCCGUGGCAACUGAAGAUGGGCAUGAACCUCGAGGAAGCAAACUACCAACUGGUUCUAGAAGAAUGAGGCAAAGAACCAAUAGGAAUGUUGGGGAUGAAGCGGCUGAAUCAUGUGAUGAGAAUGUGCCAAAUGAACGCACCGGAAGCCAACAUGGUAAUGAAAUGACGCGCAAAAGGGGUAGAACUCAUAGAAGUGGCGAUGCAAAUGUGGGAAUAUCUGCUGAAUCUCAAUCCCAAUCUUUGCCCGGCGUUCCUGGUACAAGGAGAGUAACCCGAAGCUCUUCUCGUCUCCAGUAAAUCAACAAUGGAAUGUUAAGAGCACUGUAUAUUUUGGUGUUGACGGUCGACAGAUGCUAACUUUGCUGAACCCAAUGGAUAUAUGAAUAGGCACUGAUGUAGUUCGUAGGGAGCAUUUCAAAACCCAGCAUUAGUCUUAGAAUGACCAGUAACUUUUUAUGCUGUUUAUCAUUUUGCCAUGUAAUGUGAAUUUUCACAUGAUUUGGUUAUGCAUGUGUCCAAGAAUAACUCCUUUUUCUUUUCA